GAAUGGAAUCUGAAUGCUUCAGAGAGAACUCUCCAUGUGAAAAUUUAGAAGGCAAAGCCUUUCUUCAGGUGUACAAGGGUGUCCUCAAUUCCAAGGUCAGAGAGGACUCUUUGUGCACUUUUGCUAAGUGGGAGCCUAUUCACGGAAAAUUCCGCUUCCGCCACCCAUGGGGCCAAUAUCAAAAGCUCGGCGCUCUAUGUCGCCAGUGCGCUUCUUCAAUGGAGGCUCUUGCUUCGUGUGUCGUAGUCCUGAAAAAGUCUCAGUAUCCUGAAGCCAAUCCAGAGCUAUGCCUGAAACUUAGAGCUACAUGUGGUGCAAUGAGUUUGCACUCUGCAAAGGCGCUCAGAGGGCUCUCGUUGGCAGUUCGGACUAUGACUCUACCAUGUCAAACCAACGACAUGUCUACAGCGGCCAAAGUUGCAAGUGACUUCAGAACCCAGUUAUCAGAGGAUGCGGCUCUGUUGCAAGUGAUGCAUGGGGCCGUCGUUGCAUCUCUUCUAUCCGACGUAGUUAUUCAGAUCGAGAGAAUCACAGAAUCUACUAGCAAGCUAGCACGGCUUGCCCGCUUCACAAACCCUGAAAGGCCCCCAAGUGCUGUGGUUAUCAACGUAGAGGAUUGAUAGACAGAAUCAAUACUCCCUCUGUUUUCAAAGUAUAAGUCAUUUUAGUUUUGUUCUAGCUAGCAAAAUCAAACUUGUCUAAUAAAGUUAAGUAAGUCUAUAGAAAAAUAUAUUAACAAUACAAUAUCAAAUAAAUACACCAUCAAAAUGUAUUUCAUGGUGUAUCCAAUAUGAAUAUUGUAGAUGUUUGUGUAAUUUUUCUAUAAACUUAACCAAAAAUAGAUAAGUUUGACUUACAAUAAAACUAAACUAUCUUAUAUAUAGCUUGAAAUAGAGGGAGUAUCUCAUUACAGACUUGGAUAGUUGGAUACAUGUUUAUCCAUUAUCAUUCAUACCGCAGUCAAACCAUGUCAGCUUUACCUUGUUUUAAGCCUUGCAUGUCAUUACUUUCCGUCUGUGCUUGCUGAGUUCGACAUGAACUCACCCUUGCUAUAAUAAUUAAAGGUUGCUCGGACGAACAAGAGUACAAUUGUAACUUCCCUAAGGACUACCCUGAGUCACUUGGUUGUUAGGCUCGUGUGAUUCUGCCGUCGACCUUCCUGUGGCAAGGUGGUCCUGCUACGUCGGCGCCAAUAGUCUCACUUUUUGUUAUGGAACAAUUUAGUUUAUGCUUUCUGUUCGUACUUUGAUCCAAUGGCUUGUAAUAAUGAUAUAUUAUACUCUUUUAUGUAAUUCGUUUGAACAC